AUGUCAAAAUCAGUAUAUGAACAAGUCAUCAAAAGCUUCCUGAAUGGCACUUCCUUCAACGAAGUUUAUCAAGCUAUACUGAGCGAAGCACUCUCUCCUGUUAUCCCGAAGUUCACGAACCUUAAUAUUUUUGAAAGAUUAUGGGCAACUUGGUAUAUCUUCAUUAAUAACGACACUUUGGCUACUGGCUUGCUCUUCUUUGUUGUUCAUGAAGUUGCAUAUUUCGGACGUUGUUUGCCAUGGAUGGUAAUCGACCUGAUUCCUUACUUCAACCGAUGGAAAAUACAACCAGAGAAGAUCCCUACCGCAAAGGAACAAUGGGAGUGUUUUAAGGCUGUCUUGAAAUCACACUUUCUCGUGGAAGCUUUGCCCAUUUGGCUCUUUCAUCCUUUAUGUUCAUCCCUCAGGAUUUCCAUAGAUGUGCCAUUCCCUUCUAAGUACACAAUGGUGUCACAGAUUGUGUUCUUUUUUAUAUGUGAAGACUUUUGGCAUUACUGCGCUCAUAGGCUUUUCCAUUAUGGUUGGUUCUACAAGAAUAUCCAUAAGCAGCACCAUAAAUACGCAGCACCCUUCGGCUUUACAGCGGAGUACGCCCAUCCAGUGGAAGUCAUGUCGCUUGGGGUUGGAACUGUUGGCUUUCCAAUUUUGUAUGCUUACAUUGCAAAAUCCAUGAUGAAUGGGCUUCCCGAGUUACAUCUUUUCACAAUAACAUGCUGGAUUGUGUUACGGUUGCUUCAGGCAGUAGAUUCGCAUUCAGGGUAUGAUUUUCCAUGGUCGCUUAAUAAGUUUGUUCCAUUCUGGGCCGGUGCGGCACAUCAUGAUUUACACCACCAUUACUUCGUGGGAAACUACGCGAGCUCAUUCACCUGGUUGGACUUCUUCAUGAACACUGAAGCAGGUCCAGCAGCCAAAAAACAUAGAGAACGUAGGGCAGCCCAACAAGCUGAGAAUAAGAUUAAGAAACUUAUCUGA